UUCAUUUCUGCUGUGUAAACGUGGCAUUGCAAUUGUGGCCCAAAGGGCUGCGUACCCCAGCUGGUUCCAAAUACCUGAACCAAGGAGAAGCUGCCACCAUCUCCUCUGUGGACUCCUAUAACCAAAGCAGAACUUUGUUUUUGUUUUUGUUUACUGUUCAGUGACAUCUGGCUGGUUCUCCUAAGCGGAGAAGAGCAGGAGUUCACGUAACAAGGAAUGGCAGAAAUGAAGGAUGUUUUUGGCCAGGAACCACAUCCAGUUGAAGAUGAUUUAUAUAAAGAACCAAUGAGAAAAAGAAGGAAAUCAGAUCGAGAUCAGCGUUUCCGAGCAUUUCCCUCUGUGGAACAGAGCGCUCUUAAGGAAUAUGAAAAAUUGGAAUCACGGACCAGAAGAGUUUUGAGCAACACUUAUCAGAAACUUAUUCAGUCUGUCUUCCUGGACGAUAGCAUCCCUAACGGAGUCAAAUAUCUCAUAAAUAGGCUCCUUGCCUUGAUUGAAAAGCCGACAGUGGACCCAAUCUAUAUUGGAUUAUUUGGAAGCACUGGGGCUGGGAAGAGCUCCCUGAUCAAUGCCAUCAUCCAGCAAGCAAUGUUUCUACCGGUGUCUGGAGAAAGCAUAUGUACUUCCUGCAUUGUACAAGUGAGCUCCGGCUGCUGUGCACAGUAUGAGGCCAAAAUCCACCUUCUGUCUGACCAGGAGUGGAGGGAGGAGCUGAAGAACCUGACUAAACUCCUGCACAGGACGGAGGAGCUGGGCAGAGAAGAGGCAGAUGCAUGGAACAGGGAUGAGGCAGUGGAGGAAGCCACCUGGAAGCUACAAAUGAUUUAUGGAAAUGGGGCAGAAAGUAAGAACUAUGAGGAGUUACUGAGGGCGAAGCCCAAAAGGAAGAUCCCCACCUCCAGAGUCAUCACCCUCAAGGCGGAAGAGGCGGAAGAGCUGUCUAUCAAGCUGGACCCCUACAUCCGCACACAGAGGAGAGAUUGGGAUGGAGAGGCCGCUGAGAUGCACAUCUGGCCCUUGAUCAAACAUGUGGAAGUGACUCUUCCCAAAUCCGACCUGAUCCCAGAAGGGGUCGUGCUGGUGGACAUCCCAGGCACAGGCGACUUCAACAGCAAGAGGGACGAGAUGUGGAAAAAGACCAUUGACAAGUGCUCAGUGAUCUGGGUGAUCAGUGACAUAGAGCGAGUUUCUGGGGGACGAGCCCACGAAGACCUUCUGAAUGAGAGCAUCAAAGCCUGCCAGCGGGGCUUCUGUAGGGACGUGGCCCUUGUGGUCACCAAGACGGACAAACUUCACUUGCCAGAAUACCUAAGAGAAAGAAAGGCGGGAAAUCAAGCUAUUCAGAGUCAGCGAGAGGCUGUUUUAGAAAGAAAUGAAAUGAUAAAACUACAAAGGACUAGAAUUCUCAAGGAAAAACUGAAGAGAAAAUUGCCAGCUGACUUCAAGGUUCUGGAAGCCUCAGAUCUGGUGUAUACAGUCAGCGCCCAGGAGUACUGGCAGCAGGCUCUCCUCACCGAAGAGGAAACAGAAAUCCCUAAGUUAAGAGAAUACGUCAGGAAGAGGCUCUUGGACAAGAAGAGGAGGACGGUGACCAAGUAUGUGACUGAAGCCUUUGGCCUGUUGCUCCUCACAGAUAGUUUCAGCUCCACACAAAACCUGCCGAAUGAACACUUGCACAUGAGUGUCCUGCGGAGAUUUGCGGAAGAGAAGGUUGAGCUGCUGGAGAAGGCCAUUGGGCAGUGCUUCGCCUGCAUGGAGCAACCUCUGCAAGAAGGGGUCAGGACUGCCAGGACUUCUUACCGCUACAUCCUCAGGGCAUGCUUGGUGAGGAGUAAAGGAAACCAAGGUUUUCAUCAGACCCUGAAAGCUGUUUGCCUGAAAAAUGGCAUCUAUGCCUCCAGGACUCUGGCAAGAAUUGAUCUAAACGAAGCCCUCACUCAGCCCAUCUAUGACCAGAUCGACCCUGUUUUUGGAAGCAUUUUUAGGACGGGGAGGCCCACUGGUUCAGCUCUGAUGCCUCACAUUGAUGCUUUUAAGCACUCCCUGCAGGAGAAAAUGACAGAAAUUGGGAUAAGAAGUGGCUGGAAAUAUGAUAGCUGCAAAAACAAUUUCCUGAUCCAGGAGAUAAGCGCCAUCCUCGGGGGCCUGGAGGACCACAUCCUCAGAAGGAAGAGGAGGGUCUAUGAGUCCCUCACCGCCUCUGUCCAGAGCGACCUGAAGCUGUGUUACGAAGAGGCAGCUCAGAUCACAGGCAAAAAAGCGUGUGAGCGGAUGAAAGAUGCCAUCAGAAGAGGAGUGGACCAGCAGGUGGCUGAGGGCAUGUUUGAAAGGGCCCAGGAAAGGAUGCAGCACCAGUUUCAGCAGCUGAAGACUGGGAUCGUGGAGAAGGUGAAGGGCAGCAUCGCCACCAUGCUAACCCUUGCUUCGUCCCAGGGGGAUGGCCUCUACAAGGAGCUUGCAGAUGUCGGGAGUGAAUACAAGGAGAUGGAGAAGCUGCACAGAAGCCUGAGGGAGGUUGCGGAGAAUGCACGGCUGAGGAAGGGCAUGCAAGAGUUCCUCCUAAGGGCAUCUCCCAGCAAGGCUGGCCCCCCUGGGACAUCACUGUAACUCCUAGGGCUUAGUCUCAAUGGAUGAAAAAUAAGCCCAGAGUCAGAGAAUUAGAAUUACUUUUUUUGUUCUUAAGAGACAGGGUCUACCUCUGUUGCCCAGGCUGAAGUGCAGUGGCACCAUCACAGCUCACUGCAACCUUGAACUCCUGGGCUCAAGCAAUCCUCCAGCCUCAGCCUCCAGAGCAGCUGGGGCUACAGGUACAGGCCACCAGCCUGGUACUUUUUUUUUUUUUUUCUGAGACAGAGUCUUGCUCUGUCACACAGGCUGGAGUGCAGUGGCGUGAUCUCGGCUCACUGCAACCUCCGCCUCCCAGGUUCAAGCAGUUCUCUGCCUCAGCCUCCCAAGUAGCUGGGAUUGCAGGUGUGCGCCACCACACCUGGCUAAUUUUUGUAUUUUUAGUAGAGACGGGGUUUUACCAUCUUGGCCAGGCUGGUCUUGAACUUUUGACCUCGUGAUCUACCUGCCUUGGCCUCUCAAAGUGCUGGGAUUACAGGCAUGAGCCACUGUGCCCGACCCACACCUAGGUAAUUUUUUAAUUUUUUGUGGAGAUGGCGUCUUGCUCUGUUGCCCAGACUGGUCUCAAACUCCUGGCCUCAAGUGAUUCUCCCACCUCAGUCUCUUGCGCUAGGAUUGCAGGCAUGAGCCAUCGUGCCUGGCUCAGAAUUUUUUCUGUUUUGUGAAAUCUAAUAGAGGACUGCUGUCAACUAUUUGGACUUUGUAUGCAAUAUAAAACUAGUAUGUUUACUACAUUUUAUUUUAUAGCCCAAAAAGAGUCAUCUUCAAUACCUAAUGGAGUUCUAAUGCUUUAGGACAAGAAACUUUUGCUUCCUCAAAAACAUCUAAACAUCGCUGGGCACGGUGGCUCACUCCCAUAGUCCCAGCACUUUGGGAGGCCAAGGCAGGCAGAUCAUGAGGCCAGGAGAUGAGACCAUCCUGGCUAACACAGUGAAACUCCAUUUCUACUAAAAAUACAAAAAAUUAGCUGGGCUUGGUAGCAUGUGCCUGUAGUCCCAGCUACUUGGGAGGCUAAGGCAGGAGAAUUGCUUGAACCCAGGAGGCGGAGGUUGCAGUAAGCCAAGGUAGCGCCACAGCACUCCAGCCUGGACGACAGAGCGAGACUACGACUCAAAAAAAAAAAAAAAAAUACACAGACACACACACACACACACACACAAAACCUUAAACAUUACAGAAAAAACAUUUUCUAGAUAUAAAACAAGCCAUAAAAAGAAAUUCAUCCUUCAAAGAAGAAAAAUAUCUGAACAUUGAAAAACUUAAGUAUUAUAGAAAACAUUGCAAAAUAAAGCUUUUAGGAAUCCAA